AUGACCUUAGGUCUGAUGAAGGGUAAGCUCAAGGGUGCACAAACUGGUCAUAGUUUGUUGAAGAGAAAGUCUGAAGCAUUGACCAAGAGAUUUAGAGAUAUAACGAAACGUAUUGAUGAUGUAAUCAUGCAAACUGCAGCCUUUUCAUUAGCUGAAGUUACUUAUGCCACUGGGGGUAAUAUUGGUUAUCAAGUUCAAGAAUCUGUCAAGAAUGCAAGAUUUAAAGUUAGAGCAAAACAAGAAAAUGUUAGUGGUGUUUAUUUACCACAAUUUGAAAGCUACAUCGAAGAUGAGAUAAAUGAUUUUAAAUUGACUGGUUUAGGUAGAGGUGGUCAACAAGUUCAAAAAGCAAAAUCUGUUUAUUCAAAAGCUGUUGAAACACUGGUAGAAUUAGCUUCUUUACAAACUGCAUUCAUCAUCUUGGAUGAAGUUAUUAAAGUCACAAAUAGAAGAGUCAAUGCCAUUGAGUAUGUUAUUAUUCCAAGAACUGAAAAUACAAUUGCUUAUAUCAAUGGUGAAUUGGAUGAAAUGGAUAGAGAAGAAUUUUAUAGAUUAAAGAAAGUUCAAGAAAAGAAACAACAAGCUGUUGCUAAAUCAGAUGCUGAAUUAAAAGCUAGAAAAGCUCAACAAGAAGCUGAUUUAGAAAAAUCUGCUGCCGAAGGUGCUAAAGACGAAGAAGAAGAAGCUUCAACCACUGAAGAAGCUGCUGAAAAAGAAUCUGAAAAGAAGGAACAUGAAGAGAAACAUGAAGAAAUUGAUCCUGCAAAAGAAGCUGAACAAGUUGCAAAAUUGGACAUCGGUGAAGGUGAACCAACUGAUUUGACUCAAGAGCACGAAGACGAUGUUAUUUUUUGA